AGGUUUCUGAUACCGACACUUACGAAUGCCUUACCUGUCUGCCUGAUGAGCAUUAUGAGCUUUACGAAGAAAUUAGAAAGUUAGUGACUAAGCUUUAGAUUAUAUUUCUCUGUGUGUCUCUUUUGUGUUGUGAUUGCAAAUGGUUUGUUUUGUGUAUUAUGUCUUUCUCACUGUCAUGUGACUCCAACUCCAAUUAUGACCACCAAUCAACCUGACUAACAAUGAUAUGCCAAUGAAUUCAGGCCACCAGUAGUGACUACUCGAGUACAGAGACCCAGCGUGCCUCCAAGACCGGUUGUGAGACCUCAAACCCGAGCUGUUCCUGGCUUGCUCUCUGCUCACUCUCUUAACAUGGACAGUUCAGAGUAUCAAGCAGCUUCAAAUUACUCCGCAGAUCCAGCUUACGCAUAUUCACUAUAUUCGGCAGAUCCAGUCUACACUGCCUAUUCAGCUUACCCUCCUUUUUCAGGGUAUCCUCCAGUUUUCGCUUACUCUCCAGGUUCAGGUUAUGUUCCAGUUUUACAGCCACCCGUUUUUCUACCAGGAAAAGCUCCAUAUUUGGGAGAGCAAGCAUCAGGCCAGCAUGCUAGCGGAAGACCUCCUGAUCAGAACGCAAAAGCUCUUCAAGACUUGAAGGCAACGCUACGUGAUUGGGACAUAGAUCCACGCAAAGUUAGCUUGAAGAAGAUAAUCGGAGAAGGCGCAUUUGGAGAGGUAUGGCUUGCUACAGCAAAUGAUCUGCCAGGAAAGAGCCAAGUAACCGAAAGGAAUUACAUGUGUGCAGUCAAACUGUUGAAAGAUCAAGAAGGAAGAACACGGCAAGCAAAAGAGAUAAUAGACUUUCUUCAGGAAGCAGAAAUAAUGUCUCAAUUUCAUCACGGGAACGUCACAAGACUUGUUGCAGUGAACAUAUCGCGCGAGCCGUUCAUGAUUUUGUCGGAGUAUAUGAACAAGGGAGACUUAAAAACGCUGAUGAAGGAAGACAGACUUGCAUCACAAGAGUGGUCUCUUGAAAGGAAACUGCAGUGCGCUAUACAAACUGCGUACGGACUCGAAUAUCUCCUCGUUGAGAAAUUGUUUGUGCACAGAGAUGUGGCAGCACGCAACGUUCUUGUCCACGAGGAAAUGUCCGGACAUCUACUUUGCAAGCUAACUGACUUUGGAUUGUCGAGAGAUGUCUGUGAAUCUGAAUACUACAGAGUCGCUUCUGAUAAGGAAGCUCGUUUACCUGUCAAAUGGAUGUCUAUCGAAUCUCUGGAAGAUUCCAUCUUUGAUCACAAGACUGAUGUCUGGAGUUUCGGAGUUCUUCUUUGGGAGAUAUUUUCUAUGGCAAAAAUGCCUUACGGCGGCGUGCGUAAUCGAGAUAUGCUCCCAGGACUGAAAAAAGGAUUGCGCUUGCUGAGACCAAGAGAUUGCAUAGCACCAAUCCACGACUUGAUCAUGCGAUGUACAAGUCGCUCACCGAAAGAUCGACCAACGGUUUCUCAAAUAUGUGACAGGCUGAGUGAAGAACAUGAAGUUGUAAAUGACAAAGUUAUCCCUGAGAGAAAAUACGAACGGGUGGAUACGCUUGCGUUCCAUAAUCGAGUUGGUUCUUUGUCGCAUCGCAUGUCGUUGAGCGACAUCAAGUUAAUUCAGGAGAUUGACGAACUAAACAGGAACGUUAUAGAGGACAUACUGCAUUCCAAUUUUGUUUCCUUCACUGCAGCGGAUAAUUUCGGUAGACUGGCUAAUAAAUUACAUCGGCUGUGGAACAACGCAAAAUACGAGCACUUUGAUUGAUAGCUGCCAUUCUCGAAGAAUUAUGGGAUACAAUGAUUGCGUGUUUUCAUGGCAGUAAUUAAUAGUAAUUUGCUACUGAAUAAUUUAGUUGCGCCUUUUAUUCUGUAGCGUUUUUGUUGAAGAAGACCGUACGCAUAGAAACAGUGUACUACAGUUGCAGCACGCAUAGUAGCAGGUGCAUUUAUUCUCUAGAUACACGGAUUAUGUAUGCAAACUAUGUAUCAUGUAAUCCAUAGCUGUGUGGAAUACAUCGCUCGCGACAUCUCCAAAGUCUA